GCUCCGCUGCCGGCUAGUAUAUUCUCGUUCUCCUCUUUAUAAUGAGGAGCUCGCUGUCCGGACGAGGAAGGAGCAGACGUUGGACAGGGAGUCUCUGGGAGAAUGCUGGUAAUCCCCAGGAAGAGACAUGGAGGGUUUGGAUGAAGUUGCUUUACCCCAAUGGUGCAAAGGCUAUGGUUAUGGUGGAUCAGAACCACGAACUCCGAAACAGAGUUCUGGCAUCAAGGGAGUCUGCCCUUUUCCAAAAGGGGUAUCUUGAGGAGGAGAAUAUGGCUGCUCUUCUCCAGGCAGCAAAGUCCCAGGUGCUUCAGGGCUUGUCUUUCAAGGACGUGGCUGUGAACUUCACCGAGGAAGAAUGGAGAGAACUGGACCCCGCUCAGAGAGACUUGUACAGGGAUGUAAUGCUUGAGAACUACAGGAACCUGGUCUCCUUGGGAUUUCCAUUUUCUAAGCCUGAUAUCAUCUCCCAAUUGGAAAAAGCAGAAAACCGAUGGAUGCAGGAGAGAGAAGUACCCAGAAGCAGCUGCAUAUGUGAGAAUUUGGAGACCAGAAGGUCAAACCCAAAGGAGGUAUUUUCUGGAAAAGAAUCAUACCAGGGGAUAAAUAUGGAGAAAAGCACAGGGGCUGAUGUUCCUUCCAGUUUGAAGGAAGCCUGGGGAUAUGCAGAGAUCAAAGAGGAUGCUCAAGAUAGACUCGGGAAAGAAGCAACAGUUCUCUUCAAGAAAAGAACUUCUGCGGCCGAUAGUAACCCCAAAUGUAUUGAAUCUGGCAGACAUGUUAGUCUGAAGUCAGACUUUGUUAUACAAUCAAGACACCCCGAAGAAGAGAGACCUUAUACAUCUGAUGCUCAGGGAAAGAGCUUUAAACAGAAUUCAAAAUUAAUAAGACAUCAGAAAAAGAGCAUAAAUGAGAAAGCUCUUCAGGGUAAUGUAUGUAGUAAAAUACUCCGUGAUCAUUCAGUUUAUGUUCAACAUUGUACAGUUCAUAAAGGAGAAAAAAUUGUGGAACGUAAUCAGUAUGGGAAGACCUUUGGUCAUGGUAUACACCGCACGGAACAUCAGAAAAAUAAUACUGGAGAGAAGACUUAUGAAGAUAGGAAAGUCUACACCUGGAACUCACACCUUGCCAAGCAUCAUCAGAGCGUUCAUGGUGGGAAGGUACAUGAAAGAGCCUUAAUUCAGAAUGCACUAUUUAUUCCGCAUCAGAGAUCUGAACAUGGAGAGAAACCUUAUGAAUGUAGUGAAUGUGGAAAAACUUUUGGGAAUUACUCAGCCCUUACAGUACAUCAGAGAAUUCACACUGGAGAGAAACCCUAUGCAUGCAAGGAAUGUGGGAAAGCCUUUAAUCAUAACGUCUCUCUUAUUCAACACCAGAGAAUCCAUACUGGAGAGAAACCCCAUGAAUGUAGUGAAUGCGGGAAGGCUUUUAGUCAGAUAACGCACUUUAUUCAACAUCAGCGAAUUCACACCGGUGAGAAACCUUAUGAAUGUAACGAAUGCGGUAAAGCCUUCAGUCACAACUCAUCCCGUAUUGAACAUCAGUUUAUUCAUACUGGAGAGAAGCCCUACGAAUGCAGCGAAUGUGGGAAAGCCUUUAGUCACAACUCUUCCCUAAUGGUCCAUCAGUUUAUUCACACUGGAGAGAAACCCUAUGAUAGUAGCGAGUGUGGCAAGGUCUUUAGUCAGAGCUCACACCUCUAUCAACAUCAGAGAACUCACACUGGAGAGAAACCGUACGCCUGUAAGGACUGCGGGAAACCCUUCAGUGAUCGAUCAGCCCUUAUUCGACACCAGAGAACUCAUACUGGAGAAAAACCCUACAAGUGCAGAGAAUGCGGUAAAGCUUUCAGCCAGAGCUCGACGCUCAUAAAACACACAAAAACCCACACUGGAGAGAAACCGUAUGCCUGUAAAGACUGUGGGAAAGCCUUCAGCCAGAGUUCAUCCCUGACACAACAUCAGAAGAUUCACACUGGAGAAAAACCGUUUGAUUGUCACGAGUGUGGGAAAGCCUUCAGCGAGUGCCCAUCUUACUCAGCACAGAGGAUUCACACCGGAGAGAAACCCUGUGGGUGUAAUGAAUGUGGCAGAGCUUUCAGGUGUAGUUCAGCCCUCAUUAGGCAUCAGAGGCUUCACAGUGGAGAAUCACUCUGAAUGUCUGGUCAUUCCGACUCUCACUUUGUUAAAUACCAAAGAAUCCUACCUUCAUGAGUUACUAUUAAUUGUGAUCCCCCCCCUUUUUUUUUGAGGCCUAAGAAUCCUUGCCUCCCAUUUUCUCCUGCAAAGAAUUAGCUUCCAGCAUACCACAAAUCCAUGUGAAAAAGUACUGAUCUGGAAGCUGGAAUAGCCCGAGAGCAACCAUCAGUCUUUCUGCAUGUGUAUUUUCAUCGUGCCUGAAGAUGACUGAUGUCACCAUGAAGUGAUUUUUUUUCCUAACCCCAGGAUUGGGCUAUUCCAACGUGCAAAGGAAUUCCGGUUCUUUAAACUUGAGCUCAUUGCCCCUCUUUGUACUGAUUGGAAUACCGCCCAUGUCCAAGUUAAAUAGACUCAUGGUCGAUCGUAUAUUUGAAAACUGCCUUUCUAGUAAUCUUUGCCUUAAUGUAAAUCAUUCCUCCUCCUAGCAGUACUGUCCUCACUAAAAGGGCUACUUUGAACUCUCCCUUCUCAGUGACUUCCCUGUCCUUCUCUUCUGUUUAAAGUGUUAGCUGCAGCUUGAAGUUCAACAGGGCUUGAGUUUCAGAGCUGAAAAGCACAACUGAAGAUAGAGGGAAAAAGGAUUUUUGUUCUGAAAACUGUAAGACAAAGUACUCUGAAGAAAUGGUGAGAUCUGGAAAUAAUUUUUGAAAUAUAUGAAAUUCUUAGUAACUUUUAGAAAUUGGAGGCAAGAAAAAAAAGAGUCCUCCAAGGAAGUCCUCCAAUUCUUGUUAUUAGAAUCAGAGCUCUUCAAAUAAUGAUAGUUAACGUGUUAGGUAUAGCAAGGUCCUUUCAAAAAAAACUUGUUUUUCCUGGAGCCAGUUAGUUUGGGUUGCGGAGAAACAUUUGACCUUCCUUCCUUCAGAGUCCUCAUCUAUGAUGACCUGAUUUAGAAUGAAUUUAUAUGGUUAAAACUAAUUUAUGUGUUAAAGCUGCUUGUGAUUGACUUACUUGUGUUGAGUGGAGGGAAGAUUAACAUACAGGUUUCAUCUCAAAUUCCUCCAAGAAGGAUAGUUUUCCUCCAAGCUUGGAUAGUUUUCAUUAUUGUGAUGAGUUCAUUGUCUGGUGACCCCAGGCUUGAUUUGAGGAUUGCAGGAAGAGAACUUUGUUGAUUAAAGUAGGGCUUUCUGCCUUUUCUGAGGAGACAUUAAUCCUUUUUUGUUUAUUAUUAUUAUUAUUAUUAUUUUAAUCAAGAGGUAGUUGUCACAUCACUCUUUUCAGUUUGCGAGUCAGUCUUCUUUAGGACCCAACUUAAAGUUUCACCUUUUCUUGACCACCACAAUUGCAAAUAAAUUCCUCCUCUGGAAAACUUCGCAACUCAUGAGAUUUCUCAUAUAGGCCUAUAAAACAUUUUUAGUUCCAUCUUAAUAUCUGGUUUUAUUUCCAGCUUUAACAGUUUUCCCCAUGAGGAAAGUAAUUAUCUUGUUAGGUCUUUUAUUGUUGACUUUAAACAAAAUAAUACUUACACACAGUUUGAAAAAUUCAUAUAAGAUGAGUUCAGUGAAAAGUCAUCCCUGUAGUACCUUUGAUAUGCAUCAUACAUUAGAUGAUUUCUGGAUAUGUUUUGCCAAAGUCAUGCAUACAAAAUACAGUGGCUUGAGAUAAACAUCUUGGGGAAAAUCAUAUCAUUCUUACAUUUUACUUAAUAAGAAUUCAACCAUAUGCACCAAGACACCCACCUCCAAAAAAGCCCAACCGAUAAAUUAGUGAAAUUAGAAAUACUGUAAAUUUAUAUUUUACAUAGAGAUAUAGCAAUCUGUUGUUUACUUGUAAAUUUAUACGUAUGAACACAUAGUAGCCUGUGUUAUCAGAGUUACACACAAAGCUAUGUUACUGCAUUUUAUGAGCAACACAGAGAUUUAUAAGGACAAUAUUGAUAAUACUCUAUUUCCACCUUAUAGGCUCACCACUGAAAGUGAUUUUGUUUCUCCAAAGAAUUGAGAGGCACAGCCAAUACAUUUACAUUUAUGUAUUACUUUAUUCCUCUCCAUGAAUGUUUCUACUCAAUUGGCCAGAGUUGAUUAUAUCAGAAGAUAUGCCAAUUCAUUCUAGUAGGAAGGUUGCUAUGAUACAGCAUCAUGGAGAACUGGGAAAUAUUCUAUUUCAUCUAGGUAAAAAAAAAAAAAAAAAUCCAUUUCCCCAAAUAAACCCAGCCUUAGGUAUCCAUAGCAUUGCCUCAGUUUGUAAGGCAGACCUCAUUUAAAUCUCUUCUUUAGUAAAUGUAAGAAAGGAAAGCUACCUGGCUUUUCCCUUUAUCCUAGAAAUGCAACUCAAUAGGUAGGCAUUGAUAUUCCAUUCCUUUCCUUUUAUAAGCAUAAAGUAAGGCAGAAUUCAGUGUAUAAUUUGUUUUUUCUUUGUAUUUUAGUUCUUCCCAGAUCCUUUCCAGAGGAUUUCCAUGACAGUAAUAGCUAAUACUUGUAGUAAAGGUUUAUUCCAUGCUAGACACUGUUCAGGCACCUUUGUAUGCAUCAACUCAUUCAUUUCUUCCAACAAUGCCCUUAAAUAUCCCUAUUUUGUAGAGGAGGCCACUAGGACUCAGAAAGGCAAAGUCCCUGGCUGACCUGGAAACAGUGUGGGGCUGAGAUUUAAACUCGGGGAGUCCGGCUCAAGAGUCCUUGUUCUUAACCUUUUUACUCUACUGCCUCUCUGCACAUGUGUAUAUGUACGUGUGGCCGAGAUAAGGAUUGAGGAAGGCUACUGAGCGGGCCAGUCACCAGGGCGCAAUGGAACCACUUGUUAGGGAUGAUAGAAGCAUCAGGGACUGAUGGGAUUACGCAUGUCCGAACUUGGCUUUUCUCCCCACUGUACAAUCUGGGAGCCUUCAGGAGGACAAUAUGCCAAGAGUAGACACUUCUGUAUUGACUUAGAGCUCGGAGUUAGAGCACUCUUCACAUUAAGACACCAUUCAAAAGGAGCCUUGUUGGAUGGGGCAGUAUCAUUGGAAUUUUUCCUGUGUAGGCUCCAAAGGAAAGAGUUAAGGAUUAAGGGAUGCCUCCUCUAAUAUAAUCCAGGUUAUGGUGCCUACUUGGGCAACUGCUAUAAAUGCAAUAAGGUAUUAAAUAGCAUAUAGGAAAGAGUGGUUUUCCUUGGACAGAACAGCCCAACUUUACUUACCAGUCCCUUUUGAGAGAGGCCAGUGUUUUUGACAACUUCUAUAUGGUCCUUGAGAUUCUUAACUGUGACAAGGCCCCGGGCCUCUUAAGUGCAGAGAGGCUGAUAGUCCCUCCUGAAGAAGGCUUUCUGAAUCCUGCCCUCUCCCCCUCCUUUGCACUGGAUGACUGACAUAGUAAUAAGUGCACAUGAGAAGGGAUUCAGAGGUUUCUCUGUGGAGGAAAAUCAAGAGGUCAGAGUUUGAGGAAAUUAGGAGAAGAAAGAGAAAAUCCAUGAGAUUCGUUUCCUUUUAUUUCUUGCCGUUUUAAGAGUAUGGCAUAGGAUUCUUGCGGCACUUCAACAUUAUUCCUAGUCCAGUGAUGUCAUUGUUCCGUUUACCAUGAGAGGAAAGGUCUCCAGCAGAGGAGAAGGCUUGUAAAUCAAAGAUGAGUUGGCGGGAGGCGGAUGGGGUGGUCCUUCCCUGCCAAGCUGGUCCGAGGAGAGGGCAGUCGCAGACCCUGUCCUUUGAGGGCUUGGUUCCCUCCCUCCUGGAGCGCGCCCUUGCCUUGCCCCUGGCGAAAAGCUCUUCGCUUUCUGUGUUGGUUACAAGGUUGUCCAUCUUCUCUGCCAUUUUGGGAGGUAUUUCUUCUUUGUAUCCUCAGUUGCCGAUGGUUAUUUCUCACUUUCAUUUUUAACUUUAAAAACAAUUUUUUAAAACUUUUAUUUCUAAAGGCCGAUUAUUUAUUUUUGAGAUCUCCCACCCAAGGUGGGGCUCAACCCCACAAGGACAUCAAGAGCCCCUCGCUCUUCCGACAGGGCCAGCCCGGCGCCCUUAUCCUUCACGUUUUAGAACGUGUC